UCCUGGUUGCCCGCUGUGCUUCCUUAUCGCAAGCUCUCCCUCCCACUUUCUAGACCCCACACACAGCGGAGGAUCGUCUACAACAGUUCGGGAACCUCAACGACCCGAUCUAUACCGAUACGUCAACCACGUAAACGAACUUCAUAUAUCUACACAACCAACCCCCCGUCUUUUUUUUCCCGAUGACGAUCGAUACCGACUCCGCCGAGGUCCGCAAUGCGCAGCGGCGAGAGAAGUUCCACGAGGCCGAUGUGGUAAUAGUAGGCGCCGGCGUCUUUGGUUGCGCGGCCGCGUAUGCGCUUGCCAACCAGGGCCGUAGCGUGAUCCUACUCGAGAGAUGGAUGCAUGAGCCCGACCGGAUAGUGGGCGAGUUGCUACAGCCCGGAGGUUUACAAGCUUUGCAGAAGCUCGGGCUGGGCCACUGCGUCGAAGGGAUCGAUGCCAUCACCUGCUACGGAUACCACGUCGUCUUCCACGGCGAGGAGGUGGCCAUUCCUUACCCGGUGGUGGACGACCAAGGAAAGGUGCACUCUGGCGAAGCAGCCGCGCGGGUAGAGUCGACAACAUCGAACGGCGGCAAGACAAAUAACGGACCUCAGAAGCUACGACGACCCGAAGGCCGAUCCUUCCACCACGGCCGCUUCAUCAGCCAGCUCCGCAAGGCCUGCGCCAGCCACCCCAACAUCACCAUCUUCGAAACAACCGUGACCUCGGUCAUCCGCGGCUCACACUCCGAACAAGUCCUCGGCGUCGAAACCCUCACCACCGACCGCUCAACCGGCGAAAAACAGCCCGACUUCUUCUUCGGCCAGCUCACCCUCAUCGCCGACGGCUACGACUCCAAGUUCCGCAAACAGCUCCUACCCCCCGGCCCCAACACCACCCCCGUCGUCCGCUCCAAGUUCUACGCCCUCGAACUAAUCGACUGCCCUUUCCCCCCCUCAAACUACGGGCACGUCGUCAUCGGCAAAACCAGUCCCAUCUUGCUCUACCAAAUCGGCACGCACGAAACCCGCGCCCUCAUCGACAUUCCACACAACCUCCCCGCCGCCUCCCCCGCCAACGGCGGCGUAAGGGGUUACAUCGAAAACACCGUCGUGCCCACCCUCCCGGCCUCCGUCCGCCCCUCCGUCCUCGCCGCUCUCGAAGACGGCAAAAUCCCCCGCUCCAUGCCCAACUCUUACCUCCCCGCUUCGGGGAAAGCCAACACGGCCCGCACCCCGGGCGUCUUGUUGCUAGGCGACGCGUACAACAUGCGCCACCCUUUGACGGGGGGCGGGAUGACGGUUGCCUUUUCGGACGUCGUCCUGCUGGCUUCGCUGCUGCACCCAGAUCGCGUGCCCAACCUCGCUGACUCCGCCGCUGUCGAAACCGCCAUGAAGGAAUUCCACUGGCGCCGGAAAGCCUGGACGAGUAUCAUCAAUACCCUGGCGCAGGCGCUGUACAGUUUGUUUGCGGCGGAUGAUUGGCAGCUUGAUGCCCUCAGAAAAGGGUGUUUUGCGUAUUUCCAGAUGGGUGGCGCAAAGACGGAUGAACCCGUGGCGCUGAUGGGUGGAUUACUGCAUGAGCCCGUGGUGCUGGCGAGACACUUCUUUACGGUGGCGUUUGUGGCGAUUUGGUUGCAUAUGUGUGAGAGGGUGGGGAGUGUUUGGGGUUUGUGGAAGGCGCCGUUGGUGUUGGUUGAUGCGGUGUUGAUUCUUUGGAAAGCUUGUGUGGUAUUUUUGCCGACGAUUUGGAAGGAGGCUGUUUGAGUUGAGAUUGGGGAUGGGGAAUGGGGGUGUAAUGGUUGAUGAUGAUAGGUGCGGAAAGAAGAAAUGAAGCGCUUAUUAAAGAGCACUACGAAGAAACGGAAAGAUCAAAGGGAAAGACGAAGAUGAAGGAUAUGAUGAGAUUUUAGAAAAAGAAGGAUGAUGGCCUGCAAAGUGUUUGGACGAACCAAACCCCCUUUUAUGGGUACAGGGUCCUGUUGCAGUGUAUAGUUAGCUUCUUGAAGAUAUAGUAGGAAUUAUCGGGUAUAAUAAUGCUAAUGACUGGAAGAAGAACGAUGAUCUGGAUGGUCUGUUGGUGACAACUCAGGAAGCGUUACGCGAUGACCGAAGUCAAAGA